AUGGGUUUUCCUAACAUUAUGAGAGUAGAGGCGGAGGGAAGGAGAGGGGGCAUCUGGCUUUGCUGGGACGCGAGAAUCGUGACGCUAGAGCCUGUUUCUGCCUGCUUUCAACAUCUCACCGUGAAAGUCAAAUGUGCUUCAGUCUCACCAUGGCUCUUAACGGCGGUUUAUGCUAGCCCGAGGCAGGAGUUUCAACACUUCUUGUGGCAAGCUAUCCAUCGCACUAGGGAAGAGCAUGACUUUCCGUGGCUGCUUACUGGCGAUUUCAACGCCAUCCGCUCUCCCUCUGAACAGGCAGGCAGAUCCUCCACUGCCAUCCUUCGCCGUUGUAAGCGCUUUAACGACAGAAUUGACCAUGCGGAGCUCAUUGAUCUAGGUUAUUCCGGACCGCGGUUCACUUGGACUAGAGGAGAGCCGCCAAACGAUUACAAAGCCAGUCGGCUCGACAGAAGUCUAUGUAACCCCGCCUGGAAUGUCACCUUCCCCAACACCUCCGUUCAUCACCUGCCCCGGCUGCACUCGGAUCACCAUCCCGUUCUUACCGAGAUUGGAAACAAGGGAGUUAAUCUUUCCUCUCCUCGACCUUUUCGUUUUGAAGGAGCUUGGCUAACGCAUGAUUCUUAUGGUACUUUUUUACAGGAUAAGUGGGAAUCGCAGGCUCCGCUCCAGGAAGCUUUAACGAGGAUGGCUGUGGACUUUGCUGAGUGGAACAAAAACACCUUUGGUAAUGUCUUACAGAAGAAGAAGAGGCUCCUCAGCCGUAUAAAUGGGAUCCAGACCAGAAUAGCCAAUGAGUUCUCUCCUGGCCUUUUCAAGCUCCAAGCGAAGCUGGAGAGAGAGCUUGAUGAAGUCCUUGAGCAGGAGGAGAUCAUCUGGUACCAGAGAGCAAGAGAGAAAUGGGUGCAGCUUGGAGAGCGCAACACAGCGUAUUUUCAUCAGCAAGCCCUUAUCCGGAGACGAAGGAACAAAAUUGCCAGCCUGAAAGCCAACAAUGGGGAGUGGGUGUCGGACCCGCAGGAGUUGGUGGCUUUGGUUUUCGAUUUUUUUGCUUCUCUUUACUUGCAGGAUGAUCAUGAGUACACAGAUGAUAUGCCAAAGCAGGCGUUCCCGAGGAUUCAACAAGAGGACCUCCUUGCUCUCCUGCGCCGCUUUACGGCUGCAGACAUUUAUCAAGCUGUGCAAGACAUGAAGCCGUAUCAAGCUCCGGGACCGGAUGGUUUUCAAGCAGUUUUCUAUCAGAAAUCAUGGCAGGUGGUUGGAAAAGCACUUACUGACAUGGCUAUGAGUUUUUUCUCGACAGGGAUACUACCAGAGGAAGUGGUAGAAUCGACGGUGGUGCUCAUCCCUAAGGUGGAUCACCAGGAGAUGGCCUCACACCUGCGGCCGAUAUCCCUCAAUAAUGUUUGCCUGAAAGCUAUCACCAAAGCCAUCACUAAUCGACUUAAACCCAUCAUGAGAAAGCUGGUUUCCCCGAGGCAAAGCAGCUUCAUUCCUGGGCGUCAGACCACAGACAAUAUUAUUGUUUUGCAGGAGGUGGUCCGCUCGCUGAGAAGGAAGAAGGGCAAGAAGGGAGGUGGCCCCAGCUGA